UUUUGAAAUUAAGGGGCCAUUGUCAUAAAACCUUAUAUGUUCUUGUGAUUGCAAAAGUAUGCUAAAAUGUCAUUCAGAACUUUAACUCCAUUACUGGUUUUGUGUCUCUGAAUAGUGUUGUGUUUUCCUUUUAAUAAUAUCAAAUUGGUAGAGCUUCUAAGGCUUCUCUAUUUCAUCCCUGCAGACUGCAGUUCUACAUUAAUUCUUUGUGAUUAUAACUAUCACUUUGUACCACUAAUAAUCCCAAAUCACAAUGUUGCCAUCAAAUGUGUUUGCGAAGGAUUGUGAUUGGAGCUUCAUGAGCUAACAUAUUCAUUGCUUUGCUGAAUCUCUCUUUGCUAUUCCUACUUCAUAAACACCCUCAAAUCAAGUAUUUAUAAUAUGAAAUUCAUGAUAGCAAUCUGUUUAAUUUUCGUGUACCUUUUGCCGAUUAUUUUGUUUACUCAUUUCCAGCACCCUGCAAACAGACAUUUGUAGUAGAUAUCAAAGAGAACAAGAAGCAGCAAAUAGGAAAUCUGCUGUGAAACCAUGGGAGAUGUCAAAAAAUCACAUGAUGAGGCAGAAGAUAGUUUAUACACAGAAGAUGGGACAGUUGAUAUUUACAAAAAGCCUGCCAUCAAGAAAAAAACUGGAAAUUGGAAAGCAUGCCGCUUCAUACUUGGAAAUGAAUGCUGUGAAAGAUUGGCAUAUUAUGGCAUGAGUACAAACCUAGUGAACUAUCUGCAGACCCGUUUCCAUCAAGGAAAUGCAACUGCUGCAACUAAUGUCUCAACCUGGUCAGGGACAUGCUACAUCACCCCAUUACUUGGAGCCUUUUUAGCUGAUUCAUACAUGGGAAGAUACUGGACAAUUGCUAGUUUCUCAACUAUCUAUGUCAUAGGAAUGUCACUUUUAACCUUUUCUGCUAUUGCCCCUGGAUUAAAGCCUUCAUGUGGUGCUAAUGGUUGCUAUCCGACAUCAGGACAAACUACAGCUUGCUUUAUAGCACUCUACUUGAUUGCUCUUGGAACUGGUGGUAUCAAACCAUGUGUCUCAUCUUUUGGUGCUGACCAAUUUGAUGAAAAUGAUGACUUUGAGAGGAAAAAGAAGAGCUCUUUUUUCAAUUGGUUUUAUUUCUCAAUUAAUAUCGGUUCGCUCAUUGCUUCCUCAGUGUUAGUUUGGAUACAGAUGAAUGUGGGUUGGGGUUGGGGAUUUGGAGUACCUACUGUAGCAAUGGUCAUUGCAAUUACAUUUUUCUUUAUUGGAAGUAAAUGGUACAGACUUCAACUGCCCGGUGGUAGUCCCCUUACAAGGAUUUGUCAGGUUAUAGUGGCAGCAUCCAGGAAAGCUAGGCUACAAGUGCCAGAUAAUAAGUCUCUUCUUUAUGAGACUGCAGAUGUAGAGUCUAAUAUCAAAGGGAGCCGCAAACUUGGACACACAAAUGAGUUAAAGUGUUUGGACAAGGCAGCAAUAGAGACAGAAUCUGACCACACUAAUUGGCCAAAUUCAUGGAGGCUGUGCACAGUGACACAAGUUGAGGAGCUCAAAUCCAUAAUUCAUUUGCUCCCAGUUUGGGCAACCAUGAUUGCCUUUGCAACCGUGUACAGUCAAAUGAGCACCAUGUUUGUGUUACAAGGCAACAAAAUGGACCAACACAUUGGUCAACACUUCACAAUUCCCUCAGCAUCCCUCUCCCUCUUUGACACCCUUAGUGUCAUCUUCUGGGCCCCAGUGUAUGAUCGCAUGAUUGUCCCAUUUGCAAGAAAGUUCACUGGCCAUGAACAAGGAUUCACACAGCUUCAACGCAUAGGCAUCGGCCUUGUCAUCUCCAUCAUCUCCAUGAUUGUUGCUGGCAUUUUAGAGGUUGUUCGCCUUGAUAUUAUCAGAAAAAACAACUACUAUGAUCUUGAAACCGUUCCCUUGUCAAUCUUCUGGCAAGUGCCUCAGUACUUCCUUAUAGGAGCUGCAGAGGUUUUCACAAACAUUGGUCAAAUGGAGUUCUUUUAUGGAGAGGCUCCUGAUGCUAUGAGAAGCUUGUGUUCGGCUUUGCAACUCACUACAAAUGCAUUGGGAAAUUAUGUGAGUACUUUGCUUGUUUUAAUUGUGACAAAAGUCACCACAAGCCAUGGAAGAAUUGGUUGGAUCGCAGACAAUCUAAACAAGGGUCAUCUUGAUUACUUCUACUGGCUUUUGACAGUUCUUAGCUUGCUUAACUUCCUUGUGUAUCUGUGGAUUGCAAAGAGGUAUAAAUACAAAAAGGUUACAACAAAUACUCAUUGAGAUCUUGGGGUGACCCUUCACAACUUUAUUUGUUACACUAUCGUAUAAUUUGCUAUAUUGGUCUUCCGGUCCAAAUUUUACAUUGACAUUAGAUUUAGCAUCUUUCUUAUAGAUAAUUGUAUUUGCAUAGAUGCUAUUUGGAGUGUGAUGAAAUAAAGAUUGUACUAUUUGAGGUUCCUUGCAAUGAUCUACACUUCUAUGUUCUGCUUGGGGUUA